AUGGAAGAUAAUGUGAGCGACGACGGGAAGGCUGGUUUCUCUGGUGUUUACCUUGCUCAUCUGUUCAACUGUCAUCCUUAUUACCGCCACGUGGAUGUUUUAUAUUGGCAAAUUUCGUGCGCAAAGCUGCUCCUAUCGAGAACAGGUCCUGAUUGUGCAGACGACGUCGUUUCGCUAUUCUUUUUUUGCUCUUUUUUACGCAUGUCAGUCAAACAAGGAAACGAACGACACCGUAGGGUUAUUUUCGUUCUCAAAUGCAAAUUAGGGCUGACAAAUCAACGGUUGUCUAAUGUCUUUCCUUGCCUUGUAACAGAGGAGAAGAAGAAGAAGAAGAAGAAGAAGAUCAUACAUAUCGCAUGA